AGGGGCGGGGCCAGAGGGUUCUAGCAGUUUCUAGAAGGCGGAGUCGGAAGCGGAAAGGCGCGAGGCGAGCGAGAGGAAGGAGAGAGAGAGGCGCUUCUGGAGCGAGGACUGAGCCGGCCCUCCGUCCGUCCUUCCGUCGCCAUGGAGAAGGUAAAUGAAUUGAAGGAGAAGGGUAAUAAGGCCCUCAGCUCAGGCAAUACUGCUGAAGCGAUCAAACACUAUUCGGAGGCCAUCAAAUUGGACUCUUCCAAUCAUGUCCUGUACAGCAAUCGGUCUGCUGCGUAUGCUAAGAAAGGAGAAUAUCAGAAGGCCUUGGAAGAUGCUUGUAAGACCGUUGAGCUGAAGCCAGAGUGGGGCAAGGGUUACUCCCGAAAGGCAGCUGCCUUGGAAUUCCUGAACCGCUUUGAGGAGGCCAAGAAGACAUAUGCAGAAGGGCUGAAACAUGAGCCAGGCAAUGCACAGCUGAAAGAAGGGCUGCAGAACAUGGAAUCUAGGCUGGCAGAAAGGAAUAUCAUGAACCCUUUCAAUAUGCCCAACCUUUACCAGAAGCUGGAGAGUGAUCCCCGCACCAGAGGCUUACUCAAUGACCCAAGCUACAGAGAACUGAUAGAGCAGCUCCGCAACAAGCCAUCAGAACUGGGAGCGAAACUGAAGGACCCACGAGUGAUGACAACCCUAGGAGUGCUGCUUGGAGUUGACUUAGCUGGUGCAGAUGAUGAGGAUGAAGCCAUGUCUCCACCCCCACCUCCACCCCCCAAGAAAGAGCCCAAGCCAGAACCCAUGGAGGAAGAUCUGCCAGAGAAUAAAAAGCAGGCUAUUAAGGAAAAGGAACUGGGGAACGAGGCAUACAAGAAGAAAGACUUUGAAACAGCCCUGAAGCAUUAUGAUAAAGCAAAGGAACUCGAUCCAACCAACAUGACUUAUAUCACCAAUCAAGCAGCUGUGUAUUUUGAGAUGGGAGAUUACAACAAGUGCCGAGAACUCUGUGAGCAGGCCAUUGAGGUAGGGCGCGAAAACCGGGAGGACUACCGACAGAUUGCCAAAGCUUAUGCCCGGAUUGGUAAUUCCUACUUCAAGGAAGAAAAAUAUAAGGAAGCUACUCAAUUCUACAACAAGUCAUUGGCUGAGCACCGGACUCCAGAUGUGUUAAAAAAGUGUCAACAGGCUGAGAAAAUCUUGAAAGAACAGGAGAGAGUAGCCUACAUCAAUCCUGAGCUGGCUCUGGAAGAGAAGAACAAAGGCAAUGAGUGUUUCCAGAAAGGGGACUAUCCACAAGCAAUGAAACACUACACGGAAGCCAUCAGACGCAACCCUAAUGAUGCCAAACUGUACAGUAACAGAGCUGCCUGCUACACCAAAUUGCUAGAGUUCCAGUUAGCAUUAAAGGACUGUGAAGAAUGUAUUCGGCUAGAACCCGCAUUCAUCAAGGGCUACACACGCAAGGCGGCAGCACUGGAAGCAAUGAAGGAUUAUACCAAAGCCAUGGAUGUCUACCAGAAAGCCCUGGAACUGGACUCCAACUGCAAGGAAGCGGCAGAGGGUUACCAGCGCUGUCUCAUGUCCCAGUACAAUCGCAAUGACAACCCUGAGGAUGUGAAGCGCCGUGCCAUGGCUGACCCUGAGGUGCAGCAGAUCAUGAGUGACCCAGCCAUGAGACUGAUCCUUGAGCAAAUGCAGAAAGAUCCUCAAGCAUUAAGCGAACACUUGAAGAAUCCAGUCAUCGCCCAGAAAAUCCAGAAGCUCAUGGAUGUUGGUUUAAUUGCCAUUCGGUGAUGAUUUUGACUCUGCGCCCUCCCUCCUUUCCCCUGUUAAAAAGGGCAGCUGGGACUUCUGGAUGCUGGCAAUGCCAUUCCAGGGCGCAUUCCUCUGUCAGAGGCAAAGACUUGUACAGUCCAGUGGUGUGUUGGUUUUUCAUUUGCACACGCGUGUGUGUGCUCACACCAAACCACCCCGCCAGCUCCUCCUGGGCCUGGCCUAUCAGAUAUCAUGGCUCAUUGUUCUGUCUGUCUCAGCAGUUAUUCCCACUUGUUAGCUGCCCUCUUCUACUUUCUUCUCCUUCCCCUAUUGCAGUUUUAAAUUCUCCUUGCCAGUGAUUGUGGUGCGGAGAAGUUUGUCACUCAUUUGUUGUCUUAUUUCUUUCAGCUCUGAGGCUGCAUACUUUUUUUUUUUUGUCUGCUGCACAUGCAAUAAAAGCAAAGUUAGUGGC